CAUGGCUGCAGAAGUGCUUGUGGAACUCACACAGGGCAUCGUGACCUUUGAAGACGUGGCCGUGUACUUCUCCUGGGAGGAAUGGGACCUCCUUGAUGAGGCUCAGAAACACCUGUACUUCGAUGUGAUGCUGGAGAACUUUGCACUUACAUCCUCUGUGGGUUGUUGGCAUGGAGUGGAGCAUGAGGAAGCACCUUCUAAACAGAGCAUUUCUGUGGAAGGAGAGUCACAGGUCAGGACUCCCAAAGAUUCAUCUUCCCAGAAUGCCUACCCCUGUGAAAUAUGUGGCCUGGAUUUGAGAGAUAUUUUGCACUUGGCUGAGCACCAGGGAACACAUAAUGGGCAGAAACCAUACACAUGUGGAAAACAAUUCCACUUCACUGCACACCUUCAACAGCACCAGAGGCAGCGCAUUAGAGAGGUACCCUUCAGAAGUUCUGUGGACAGAGCCUCAUUUAUAAAGAGCUACACAGUUCCUGUGUCAGGGAAGCCCUUUACCUGCAGGGAGGUUGGAAAGGGCUUCCUGGCCAACAGGGGAUUUCUCCAUCAGCAGGCCAUUCACACAGGAGAGAGGCCAAAUAGCCAUAAGAGAUGUGAGGUGACCUUUCACAAUGGAGAAAGUCAUCACAACUGGGGAGAAUUCAAGAAACCCUUCAGCCGCACAGACACACUUGUUCAGGACCAGAGAAUCCUCACCAGAGAACGGCUUUUUGAGUGCAGCAAAUGUGGGAAAGCCUGCACUCGGAGAUGUAACCUCAUUCAGCACCAGAAAGUCCACAGUGAAGAAAGGCCUUAUGAAUGCAAUGAAUGUGGAAAAUUCUUUACCUACUACUCCAGCUUCAUUAUACAUCAGAGAGUUCACACUGGAGAAAGGCCUUAUGAGUGCCCUGAAUGUGGGAAAUCCUUUAGUCAAAUCUACAGCCUCAAUAGCCAUAGGAAAGUUCACACUGGAGAAAGGCCUUAUGAGUGUGAGGAAUGUGGGAAAUCCUUUAGCCAAAGAUCCAACCUCAUUCAACAUCGGAGAGUUCACACUGGAGAAAGGCCCUACGAAUGCAACGAAUGUGGGAAAUCUUUUAGCCAAAACUUCAGCCUGAUUUACCACCAGAGAGUUCACACUGGAGAAAGGCCCCAUGAGUGCAGUGAAUGUGGAAAAUCCUUUAGCCGAAGCUCCAGCCUCAUUCACCACCGGAGACUUCACACUGGAGAAAGGCCAUAUGAGUGCAGUAAAUGCGGGAAAUCAUUUAAGCAAAGCUCCAGCUUCAGUUCACAUCGGAAAGUCCACACAGGGGAAAGGCCUUAUGUGUGUGGUGAAUGUGGGAAAUCUUUUAGCCAUAGCUCCAACCUUAAGAACCACCAGAGAGUUCACACUGGAGAAAGGCCUGUCGAGUGCAGUGAGUGUGGGAAAUCCUUUAGCUGUAAGUCUAAUCUCAUUAAACACCUGAGAGUUCACACUGGAGAAAGGCCUUAUGAGUGCAGUGAAUGUGGGAAAUGCUUUAGCCAAAGUUCCAGCCUCAUUCAACACUGGAGAGUUCACACUGGAAAAAGGCCUUAUCAGUGCGGUAAAUGUGGGAAAUCCUUUGGCUGCAAAUCUGUCCUCACUCAACACCAGAGAGUUCACCCUGGAGAAAGGACUUAGCUGGACAGGGAAUAUGCAGUUUUCUUUUAGUGUAAUUACACUGGAGGAGAACACCUUUGAGAGAGCCAUCUACCUGCAUUAAAGCCCCAACAUCUGAAGUUGCAUGGUGGGGAAAUUCCCCUUAAGUCCCAGGUGUGUGGAAGCUUUAAGGAGCUGUGUUACACUUUCCAACCUGCCAUUCAUGGCCUUUGCCAUUUAUGUCACUGACAGUUUCUGAGGCAGAAGCCAUAUCUCCUCCACCACCUGCCAGGUCCGCAGAGUAUGCAUCAUUUGCCAGCCCAGUCUGCUCAGGGAAGCAGACUGCUGUGUUCUCCCGUUUGCUGGAGGAAAUCAUGAGUAGUCUGAGCCCUCAGGGGGGUCCUCGUUUCCUUCUCUCUGGCACAUGAAGGUGAAGACUUGACCCAGUUUUGUACCACAGAACCAGAUAGGAGUUUGUUGGCAGCCUGCCAGGAAGGACUGUCUCUUUCAGGGACAUGUUGGUCUCACGUGAUGCUUACGUGGAUUUUUUCCAGCCUCCAAGUCACCAACUUGGGAACUUCUUGCCUCACAUUGCUUUGAUUUUUACAAUAAUAAAGGCUUUAUUAUUUAAACUACUUUAAAUCUUG